UUGUGUGUGAUGUGUGCUUGUUUUGGUGUGCUGUCUUCGACCCCUGCAGCACUGUGAAAUGACCCUGCCUUUCAGGCUGAAGUUCUGUCGGCCUAAUCUAUGGCCAAAGGUAAACUUUCUGGCAAAGUUAGGUUAAGUGAUGUCAGUGUUUUGAGAUGCAAGUGGACUUGAGAAGAAACACUUCCUGUCUUGGAAAAAAAAAAACAAACAACAAACCCACAACUUGUUCAUCGUCUGUAGAGCUUUCUGUCACUGUUACUAGUUGCCUUAACUGCAUUUAAAAAAUAAUGCCAGUGGGAACACAUGGCAUGCAGAUGUCUCAUUGUGGUUUACACUUAUGGCUGAGGAAGGUCGCAUCGUAUAUAUGCCUUCCCCAUCAGAUGGUGCUCAGAGUUGAGGCCAUACCAGUUUCUUUCCCAGAACUGCACUGUUGGCAGCUGGGGAGGUUGCUCCCUGGUUAUCUGUGCCGCCAGCAGUGCCUGGGUACUACCAGGCUGUGGUACUCAGGGCACUGAGAUUGGGUCUCCUCCGUGAUGGAGGUUCCUCGCUCCUUUGCUGGUUUGUAGUGUAAAGAUUUUGCAGCUUCUCAUGUGAAGGGAAGGGAGUUGUCAAAGAUGUCCUGUUACCUUCUCCUGGACAGGGUAUCUGUAGCGACCCGCAGUGGAAGAUUAAGGGGACAUAUAAAUAAGCUGAAUUUGAGUGGUUGGGGUUUUUUUUUCCCUUUUAAAUAAUACCUGUAGGAAAGAAAUCAAUGUAAUUUGAGGAAUUUCAGCGAUAAGAGAUCACCAUCAGAAGAAAAUCAGGGUUGCAUAUGCCAGGUCAAGAAGUUCUGAUUUUAAAAUUGCCGAUGCAGCCUUAAUUUUAUCUUCAGACUACUGUUUACUUUAGGAAACAGUAAAUGACAUUACAAUUAAAGAUUUUCUAAGAGUAUUAGGUUAUACCUUUUCCCCUGUGGAUGCGGAACCUGUAAGCACUGUGUCCUAUCUUGUAUACGACAAAUCCCAUCCCUGACAGUUGCGUAUGGAAGACUUGAUGCAACAAACACUCAUGCAAAAUUAAGCAGAUAGGUCCUGGUUGCCAUUUACUGUAGAUCUCUUUAUAUUGCUCUAUGAAGUAUUUAGCUAUAAUUUACUCCCAUUUUAAGGUAAGAGGCCCGUUAUGCUGGUGUAAUAAAACUCUGUAAUUGGAUGGCAUGCUUACCUGCUUGCAUAGUUGAUCUAAACUGCCUUGAUAGACCUGCGUUAUGAUAUAUUUAACCGUCAUGAAUAUGAACUUGUUCCAUCCGUAGCCCCACUGAAAUUAAUUGGAUUGUCUGCAGAGUACUACUUGAGGGAACUAAAGAUAGCAAAAUCUUUUUCCAUAGUUCUGUUUAACCAGGAACAUGUAUGCUGAAAGUUGGAGAGAAGUUAGGUAACACUACAGAAUUUACACUGCUGAUGGAUGACUUGUACUACACCAUUCCUGUGUUUCCUCUUCCUUCUUUGUGGUGGAUUCUGUUUUACCUUGUUUCGAACAUAGACCUCUCUGGGGCCAGAUUUUCAAAGGUAAUACAGUACCUAAAAGUGCAGGCAUCAGCUGGGAUUUUCCGGAGCUUGAAUGUAGCAAGAUCUGAAGAAGACUCCUCAUCCUUCAGAAGUAGCAUGCUCACAGUCUUCCUGGCCAAUGAUUCUUCUACAGCAAGCAGGUCUUCUUCCUCAUCCUGAGAAGCUUUCAUCUCUUCCUAUGUCAGUGGCUACAAGGCCAAGAGCCAGCUCACCACUCUCCCCACCAAAAUCUCUCGGACUGGGGCCUUCCUUUCAUCACACACAAGAAGAAGAGCUUGCAAAGGUGGUGGAGCAGGACCCUAUGCUGGAAGAACUAUGUAAGCCUCUGUGCUGUAAGCUUUGCAAUGUCACUCUGAACUCAGCACAACAAGCCCAGGCUCAUUACCAGGGUAAAAACCACAGUAAGAAACUCCGAAAUUACUAUGCUGCCAAUAGCUGUCCGGCACCUGCCAGAAUGAGUAAUUCGGUUGAGCCUGCCCCGCCUCAGGUUGUCUCCCUUCCAGCUCAGAUGGGAUCCAGUAAACCAGGUGGCCGAGUGAUCUUGGCCACAGAGAAUGAUUACUGCAAGCUUUGUGAUGCCUCGUUUAGUUCUCCGGCUGUGGCACAGGCUCACUACCAAGGGAAAAAUCAUGCCAAACGGCUGCGUCUUGCAGAAGCACAGAAUAACUCAUUCUCGGAUGCAUCAGAACUAGGCAAACGAAGGGCGAGGAAAGAAGGGAAUGAAUAUAAGAUGAUGCAGAACAGAAGAAAUAUGUAUACAGUUCAAAACAACACAGGUCCCUACUUCAAUCCCCGCUCACGUCAGAGGAUUCCUCGGGAUCUGGCCAUGUGUGUCACUCCCAGUGGCCAGUUCUACUGCUCCAUGUGCAACGCCGGGGCCAGCGAGGAGAUGGAGUUCAGACAGCACUUAGAAAGCAAACAGCAUAAAAGCAAGGUGUCCGAACAGCGGUAUAGGAAUGAGAUGGAGAACCUAGGCUAUGUACAAUGAUGCGCCACCCUUGGUAGUAGUUUGCAAAUAGAGCAGCUUGUCUCUCGCCUGCUGUUUGCCACAUGCCCUGCUUUGUGCUCCAUUUGAUAGGAGUAUGCUCUCGAGCUAUACAUGUAACACCUGCAAACUUAAUGGUAUGGUUAGAUUUAUUUUCUAUCAUAGUUGGCAGGAUGACGCUGUGCAGGACAUGAAGUGUUUUUGAUGUUUGUUUGCUAAUUAUCUAAGGCUCUUCAUUGUAUUGAAUGGCGGGGAGGACUUUGUCUUCUCCCUAGCCUUCUGCAUGAACAUGCAAAGCCCAAGAAGUGCUGGGAACUUCUGUGGUUCUACCACACAGGUGGACCAUGUGCAAAGCCCACCCCCUUCUUUGCACACCACAGAGCAGUGCUCCAGAAUGCCUCCCUACAGCAGACUGAAUCUCUGGGCAGCUUGUAAAAGAGGGGCAGGAAUGGGGCCUGUGAACGUGUGAAUUAGGUGGUGUACUUGUCCACAAAUUGCUGCUUGUGGCCCCCAUUACAGCCCAGAGUAGGUUCUUUCCACAUCCUUGUAGAAAGGCUGUGCAUACCUCUUCUCCUUGGAGGGUCUUGCCUCUUACAGCUUCCUCUGCGAUGCAGAUUUCAUUCUGAACGUCUGACAUUGGAUAUCAGCUGAUUCACCCCAUUUGGAAAUACUCUCUUCUACCAGUUAACAGUACAAAAAGAUUCUUGGUGUUGUUGGCUGGCCACAUUAAUGCACCAUUGGUGUAGCUCAUCUCUCUGAAGAGAGUCUGUGGGGAUCUCAGUGACUUAAUGAAGUGAAUAGGAAAGCAAACUCAGAUGAGGUGUGCUCUGCUCUGAUUCUGCCUUAGACUGAGUAGGCUUGAGAAUAGGUUGGAAGGAGCUGUCAGCUGUAAUUUCUUUGCAUGCUGAUGUAGAAGAGAGCAAGUGUUGGUCUCUGACCUGCAGCUCGAUUGCUCUGGGAGAGCCGGGCUGCCUGGACCUUGGGGAGCAGAUAUCGGUGUGUCCUGCUUCCAUGCCAUUCCCUGGACAAAGCCCGAUGGGUAUUACAGAGGAGAGCUGAAAUGCUCCUUUGGACUAGAGCUACCCAUAUUGGAUGAAUUUUUUCCCCUCUUUCUUUUCCUAUCUCAGGAUGGGUUUUAAUUCCAUUCCUUGAUGUGAACUUCACUGUUUUAGGGACCAUCAAAAAUCCAAAGUUAGGUAGGGUGUGAAUGUCAGGGGUGAUGAUUGUUUGAGCCACAGCUCAAAAGCCACAGCUUUUUGGCCAUGCAGAAGUAUUCAUGAAACUUGUUAAGCAACUUUGUAAGUGUAGACAAACCCAAAGGGUGUGUGUCUGUUUUGAAUUUCCUUAGCAAAAGUAGAAAGGGGAUAAAAAGCAGAAGUAGGGCUGACAUUUUUCUGCUCGUUUGGGUAGACGUGAGGAGCUGUGAUUGGAAUCCAGUUCAUUGUGUUUCUAAAACAUUGGCUCCAGUGACAAGUGCAGUAUGUAAGUAACCUCCAUUGGACCUGAUUCACCACUGUGCUGCUACAGCUGUACUCUGGUAUAGCUUCAUUGACUUCAGUGGCAGGUGCAGAGAGGGGGUAAUGGAAGCAUCAUGGCUUGUCUCCCAUUCCUCUUUAGGUAGUACAUUGAAUUAAAUGCAGCUCUGUUGGUUUCAGUAGCAUUUUACCAGGGAUAAAUUUUACCUAGUGCGUAAUGUUGAAGGUAGCUCCCCCACCCCCUUUUUUUGCCAUUCUGAUCCUGCCUCUUGCAUUCCAGAAGGACUUUCUGCUUGCCUUAAAAAAUGAAAAAUGAGUAAACUAAUAAAAAAUCCAGAUAGUUUUUAUUCAUCUUUGUCAUCCACCUCAGAAGGGUUUGUUGCACUUGGCUGCUCCUCAGAAAUCGAGUAUUGUUAUCUUUAGCUACCUGAGCAUCAGGUCACCAUACCUUAACGCAGCCUUCCGAAAUCCAGGCAAGAUGAGCUCUUGCAUAGUGGUCGAAAGCAACCCCCUACAUCAUUCUAUGCUGAUCCUUGCCCUGCAGGUACAGGCAGAGCAACGGGACAUCCUCUUGAAUGGGGUUCCUUCCCCUCCUUUGUGCAAAGUCCAAUUAAAUAGGGUUUGUGCACUGGAGCACGUUAGAAGGUAGGAGGAGGUGCCCAGGUUGCAAAGCACGUGCUGAGCAGUUUUGACAGCCUGUACGUCUGUUUCUUCUGUGCUUUCCUGCCCCUGGCUCAACCUCUGCAGCCUUGAAGAACAUUCCCCUCACAAAAAUCUCGUCAGCCUUUUCCCCUCAUCUUUUGCAGUCAAAGAAGGGCUCUGGUUUUCUCUUUGUGUUCUGUCUUUUGUUUUGCUAGUCUGACACCGCUGUGCAGGGACAGAGGGAGUUGAAUGAGCCUUACCACAAGGUGCUUCACCAGAGUGAUCCCUGCAUUAUGGUUAAACAUCCCUCUUGCUGUAAAUUAAAACGUGGCAUUUCCCACAGGCUGCAAUUAGUAGCAGAGAAACAACACUUUGCGAAAUACGAGCUGGAAGAGCUGUAGGUACUGGUGUUGUCUAGCUUACUGCAAGUGCCAAGAAAGCAUUUUUGUCAGCUUUCACGUGUCCCAAAAAUCAACUGUUCACCACCUUGCUUUGGUUGCUGCUCCCGCUCCCAGCCCAGCGAUCUGCCCCUCAUUUGGCAUUUCCAGUGACUGCCAGAGGUGUCAAAACUCGGUUUGCUCCAUGCCGUGUUACCUCCUGGUAACAUCUGGUGCAAACGUGCCACAGCGCACCAGUGUGCCAGUGCGUUUGGGAGGGUGCGCGAGGGAGGUGCAGGGGGCUGCUCCUGCAGGCUUCUCUCUGCAUGGGGCUGAGUCAGGUUUUGAGGAAUGGCUCGAGUCUGCCCUGAACAGAGAGGCCUGUAUCUGCUUUGUUUUGUUCAAGGGAGUACAAGAAGUGAAUGUCAUCGUCCUGAGAAUUUCAAAGUGGUGGGUUAUAUAGCAGGUAUAAAGCAGACAGUGGGACUCAAGCGGCAAGAGUAGGACAGGUUUCCUACGUGGGAAUUUCUUGCUGGGAGAGGCAGCUGAGACUCACCUUGCCCCAGUGCUCUGUUGUGGCCCCUCCCCACAAGUGACCAAAGCUUUCCUCUCCCUCUUCAGCAUUGUUUAAUGGUUUGUGAUCUUCCCACUCUCCCUCCAGCAUAGAAAACUGUUGACUGCAAAGAGAAAACACCGCACCUUACUAAUAUCAUUAGGGUUCAGGCCAAUCCAAAUUCACUUGUCAGCAUGAGAAACUGGGUGGGUCCUGAUUUUUUUUUUAAUUUUUUUUUUGUGAAAGCUGUUCUCCAAAUCAGUGUUCAAAACACGUAUUGAAAACAGGUCCUGGCCAAACCCUGUUUGACAUAGAUGGGCUGGGGAGAAUACCAUACAGCUGUAGUGCCAUUUUCCAGACCCAAUGAAUCUUUCUCAUGUUAAACAAAGCACCAAACCCAAGAUACAGGACUUCUGUGAAGCUGUCGCAUUGGCCAGUAGGUUAAUGACCUUUGCUGCUAGAAACAAAACGUAAAUCAAUGUGUUCAUAUUUAUUUUACUGUGCUGACCACUAAUUGAUUUGUUAAUAUUUAAGGCAUUAUUCUGUAGGUUGUUUUUGUUUAAAUAGAACACUCUACAUCGCACUUUGCUUUUGGAUCAGAACAGGUAUUUAUUAUAUUUGUGAAAAUGUUUUCCCUCCCACAUAUGUAUUGUUUUCUUUCACUUGAUGCAAAAAACCCAACAAAAAACCCCAAACAACAAAACCUACUCCAAAACCAAAAAAAACCCAAAUCCAAGCAGUGGAUCUUCUUUGUUUCUUUUCAUGCCAAACAAAACGGGGAUUUCCUUGCAACUUGCUCUUAAAUGUCCAUUUCUAAUUUUUUUUUUUUUUUUUUCCCUCCAAUGGUUCCUUUGGUAACUCGGGAUGAUAUUUUUAGAGACACACGAAGUUCAUACUACAUUUAAGCAUUUCUUUUAAGGCAAGGAAGUAAACUGUGGAAUCCAUGUAUUUGUGAGGAGUAUGAAAGUGAUACUAUUUUGUUUGUAUUAAGCAUUAGCUGUUAUUUUGCAUUCUGCACUAAUGAGUAAAUGUGUUAUUAUCUUGCCUAACAUUGGUCUAUUUUUGACUUUUUGCUUUCUUCAUGUACAUCAAAAGGAACCCUGAAAACUUCUGUGGAGUUGCUGAGGAUGGUCAUCAAUGUAACAAAAUGCAGAUUUUUUUCUGUAAAGCUUCUUGUCUUUUUUCCUUUUCUAGAUGCCCAUUAUAGGGCAUUAGAAGGGAAAGCUAUCUCCAUAAGCACGGAUUCAUAUUUUAGCAUACUAAUGCAUGAUGUCCUUUUGCUACAUUACUUAAUGCUCUCACUGUAACCAAUGGGAAUCUUGCCGAAAUCAGGAGUGAAUGAAAUACCCUAGCUAAAUAUAUUAUGUUGGCUAGGGCCAGGCAAGGUACAUUGCUAAAAUUUGUCUUUUAUGUUUGGGUUACAACACUCUUAAGGUUUUGCUUUUUGAGGAAUGUGUAUCUGGUUCUGUAAGGAUUUGGUCCUGCUCCAGCUAAAAUAGUUGGAAGUACAUUGACUUCAGUUGAGUAGGAGCAAGCCUUGAAACCCUUCAGGAAUUUCAUACUGCUGAUGUUUUCUCAUAUAUGUGGUUUUUGUUUUGUGGGUUUUUUUAAAAUUUUACAACCAUAUAUACAAGGAUGCUCUAGAUGAGAUGGACAUCUGUUGCCGAUUAUGGAAAAACAAAUGCCAUGGUUGCCAAAGGAUUAACAGAAAACGGAGAAGUAUGGAUGUGGUUUCUUUGAAGUUUGUGGCUAAGCUCCUAUUGCUUUGAGCUGGGCUGGCUUCUUUGCCAUCUGCAUAAAGUUGGAAGUGAAGAUAAAAUCCACUUUCAAAUAAAUGUGGUCAAACAGUAGUUCUGGGAAUCUCUCCUUUAAAAAAUGUAUCACAACUAAAAUUGUAUCUUUUUAUUUGAAGUAUCUGCAGGUAAAGGCAGGACUGUGGAUUUUUAAAAAUAAAAUCAGUUUUUCAAUCUGUGUUUCGCAGGGGAAAAUUUACUUGAUUUAAUUUCCUUCUGCAUCUGUCCAGCAACAUCAUUUGCAAGUGCUUUGAAUAUGUUUCAUCUAGAGCCUUCUUGUCAGGUUGGUUUUGUACAUUUGUCCUUAUUUUCUUUAUAUUGUACUGACCCCCAGGAGGGAGUAGUUGAUGAAAAUGAUUUUUUUUUUCUUUUUUUCUUCUUGAGUAUAUAAUAAAUCAUCUCGCUCUUCUCAUUGUA